AGUGCAGAGCAUGCAGCAGGAAUCGACAUCUAUACGUGCACACUGCUCCCAUUCGCCAUCCUGGCUUGCUGCUUCGCCGUGUACCAGGUUUGCUGGCUGCCAGAGCACAAAAACGAGGCUAGAUCCACUCUCUACCAAGUAGGAGCAUGACAGCAUAACAAUCCCCUCUGCUUUGUGCCAGGGACUCCUUUGACACCAGCAGUGUUGUCUGACGGUGUGACCAAGGAGAGUGCAGGACCUGCUGUAUUUUCAACCUUUGCAGCUGGACUAGCUAUAAUCCAGCAUUUAGAAGCCAGAAGUCUUUUGCUAAAGCUAGCAACAGUCUUACAGAGCUUUUAAGUUGGCCGCAAGUACGCAGGGACGCAGGGAAGGCUCAGGUGCCUUAAGGAAGCCUGCAAACUCCUGCAGCACCGACCAUCUGCAUAUUUUGGUGGUCCUCUAAGGGCUUUGCCAUUGUGUGAUGAGCAAACAAGGCUGUUUGCUAAGACUACAGCAGUUUAUUUCUUAGGUUACUUGAGUAUUUCACGGUUUAUCUCUUUUUGAAAUUCCUAAUGCCACAUCCUGACGCAGGCCUGGUGAUGCUACUGGGUUCCUCGUAAGAGGAUUGGAUUCUGCAGGUACCUAAACUGAUGUUAUCUCUUUAUACCCAGGGGAGGUGUUUCUGCAAAUCAGCUCUGGAUCUGCUGAUGGACAAAGCAAUGAUAGCCUUUUGGGACAAAAAAUCCCAUUUAUUCUCGUACCACUAACACAAAGCCUUUUGCUGGGAAAGAAGCUGGUUUAGGAGGCCGAAUCUGUGACAGCAGAUUUUUUAUAAGGAGCUACAAGCAACGCCUCUGAGCAUCUCUGCUUCUGAUUUCACAAGUUUCACAGGCAUGACGUGGCAGUUGAGUGAUUUCAGCUUUCCCCACUUUUGAUAUCCCGGCCCAAGAGGAGCAACUAAAAUAGCUGUGGGCUGGAGGACGGGGUUUACAGGGAGAGAUUCAAAGUAAAGGCCUGGAGAGUGAGUAAGAAGCAACUAUCUAGGAGAGCAGCACUGUUAGAGAGGAUUGCAGGGUACAAGCCCUUGCACUCGCUUGUUUUAUCGUUUACCAACUGGACUUGUUUUUUGCCUCCCAUGAAAUCUGCUUUUCUGUUGUGCUGAGCAUGUGACCUUUCCAUUUGCUGUCAGUAACACAGGGAUACUGUUCCCUGGCAGCCACGUGCCGUCCCAAAGCCUCUGCCGUCUGCCUCUGAUAAACCACACCGGUUGCAGGCAAUUCCCUUCCAGCUUUGCCAGCCAGCUCUGCGCCCAGUCCCUGUUCUGCAAGUGGUGUUUGCGAUGACGGGAACAAGCUGCUCCCUGCUACUUUUAAGCAGGUGUCGUUGCUGCGAGAAAAAAUCCUGUCCUCGGUUGAUCCACACACAGGCCCAGCCUGCUGCAAGGUUUACUGCUCAGAAAUAAUGAACUUCAACUGAAGGAAAAGCCCUGGAAAAGCCUUCGGGAUGUGGGAGCUGACAAGCGUACGCGUCUCCGAAGAUGGCAAACUUACUGGUGCUGGAUUGCACUCAGUCGGGCGAAUGUUUCAAAGCUCUGGACACCUGCGUUUCUAGCUGUGAUGCAUCUUUGCUCUGUGUUUCAGCUUCACCUAUUUCAGUCUCCCGUCUCUGCGCGUCAUGAAGACACUGUGUUUCCCCCCAGGCUGCUGCAGUGCCAGUGGUGGUGCCCUCAAUGCGCUGAGCCUGCUGAUGUCUUUCAUGCUCCAUAAAAAGCAGGAAAGCUGCGAGACAUGGCUGCAGAGCUACUUUGCUGCCUGCGAAGAUGAGACACCGGCCAUCAGAAACCACGACAAGGUCCUGCAGCGGCUCUGUGAACAUCUGGACCAUGCUCUGCUCUAUGGGCUGCAAGAUCUUUCCUCGGGCUACUGGGUGCUAGUUGUUCACUUCACCCGCCGGGAAGCUAUCAAACAGAUAGAAGUGCUUCAGCAUGUGUCCACCAACCUGGGACGCAGCCGGGCAUGGCUAUACCUAGCCCUCAACGAAAACUCCUUGGAGAGCUAUUUGAGGCUGUUUCAGGAGAAUCUAAGCCUGCUGCACAAGUACUAUGUCAAGAACGCCCUGGUUUGCAGUCAUGAUCAUCUGACCUUGUUCUUAACACUGGUGUCUGGGCUGGAGUUCAUCCGCUUUGAGUUGGACCUGGAUGCUCCUUACCUGGAUCUGGCGCCGUACAUGCCAGAUUACUACAAACCUCAGUACCUGCUGGACUUUGAGGACCGCCUGCCCAGCUCGGUCCACGGCUCAGACAGCCUGUCUCUCAACUCCUUCAAUUCAGUCACCUCCACCAACCUGGAAUGGGAUGACAGCGCAAUUGCUCCAUCCAGCGAAGAUUAUGAUUUUGGAGAUGUCUUUCCAGCAAUGCAGUCCAUGCCCAGCAGAGACUGGGAAGAUGGAGAUCUCACAGAUACGCUCAGCUGCCCACGCUCCACUGCCUCGGAGGCAAACGGCAGCAAGGCCUCUGUGAAGAGCCCCACGCAGCGCUACAACCCCUUCAACGAGGAGAAAGCUGACGUGCCGUCCUCUACUGAGACCACACCAGUGCACACUGCUUCCCAGGAGAAAGCCGAAGCCACCCCUGAAGGAACAGAUCAGUCCGAGAGCUGCACAGAGCUGGAGGUCAUCAGGUUAGCCAGGAGGAAGAAAGCGGGCAAGAAGAAGAAAGCAAAGCCGGAGGAACCGGUGAACACCACUGCGCCAAUAGCACCUGAGGCCAGCAUUCAGCAGGCCGGCGGAGAUAGCGGUGUGAACGGGCUGAGUGACAGAGAUGACCUGCCAGGAGAUGAUGGUCUUGCUCCCCCGGGUGAUGAGCCAAGCCUGGCUGGACCAGAAGAGAGCAGUGAGCGCUCUGCCCUUGGCCAGCUGGCUUUGCGCAUCCCUGAGAUGAAGGACACGUCUAUGGAGAGCGUGGGGCAGCCGCUGAGCAAGGUGAUGGACAGGCUCAACGGACAGCUGGAUCCCGGCAGCUGGAAUGCCCCACUUGAGCCUCCUGGGCAGUCCUUUCGGACCGGCACGCCAGGGGAGACUCCAGAUGGAUCGUCCUCUGGCGACCUUAAUGAGGGGAUUUCAGCCCCCAUGGACUUCUACCGUUUUACCAUUGAGAGUCCAAACGCUCCUGCAUCAGGUGGUGGCCACCAUGACACUCCAGGGCCUGGCCAACCGCCACAUGUUUCUGGUAGCCCUGAGGCUCCUGAACAAGAAGAAAGCAGAGAGGGAAAAGCAGUUGGGGCAGUAGAAGAGUCUGGAGGGGCAGCUAAUGAACCCCAAGUUGGCCAGACAGAAACCACCAACCCAGAGGCUCUCUGUGAGCUGAAGAAAGAGCAGCCCAGCCCUUCCCCGAGCAGCGCUGAAGACUCUGGUGUGGAGGAAGGUCAGGGCAGUCCUUCAGAGCUGACCCACCCCUCUGAGUUCAGGGUGGAUAACAACCAUCUCCUACUGCUGAUGAUCCAUGUAUUUCGGGAGAAUGAGGAACAGUUGUUCAGGAUGAUCCGAAUGAGCACUGGGCACAUGGAGGGGAACCUUCAGCUGAUCUAUGUCUUGCUGACAGAUUGCUACGUGUACCUGAUCCGGAAAGGGGCAGCAGAGAAGCCAUACAUGGUGGAGGAGGCUGUUUCCUAUAACGAGCUGGACUACAUUUCGGUUGGGCUGGAUCAGCAGACGGUGACUCUGGUGUGUACCAAUCGGAGGAAGCAGUUCCUGCUCGACACGGCAGAUGUGGCUCUCACAGAGUUCUUCUUGGUGUCCUUGAAGUCAGCCAUGAUCAAAGGGUGCCGGGAGCCCCCUUACCCCAGUAUCCUCACGGAUGCCACCAUGGAGAAACUGGCGCUCGCAAAGUUUGUGGCCCAGGAGUCCAAGUGCGAGGCCUGCGACGUGGUCGUGCGUUUCUAUGGCCUUGUCCACUGGGAGGACCCCAUGGACGAGGCGCUGGGACCCACUCCCAACAGCUACGCCUCUGCCGAAAAUGCAGUCACAAAGGACGGCAUCCUGCACUACAAGGCAGGGACUUCAUACCUGGGCAAAGAGCAGUGGAAGACCUGCUUCGUGGUGCUCAGCAACGGGAUCUUGUACCAGUACCCGGACCGCACAGAUGUCACCCCUCUGCUCUCCAUCAACAUGGGCGGUGAGCAGUGUGGGGGAUGCCGGCGCUCCAACACCACGGACCGGCCCCACUCCUUCCAGGUGAUCCUGACGGACCGGCCCUCCCUGGAGCUGAGCGCCGACAAUGAGGCCGACAUGGCAGACUGGAUGCAGUACUUUUGCCAGGCUGUCUCCAAAGGGGUAAUUCCCCAGGGAGUUGCCCCUACGCCUUGUGUCCCCUGCUGCCUUGUGCUGACGGACAAGAAGGCCUUCACCUGCCACGAGGACUGCCAGACAAGCUUCUUCCGCUCGCUGGGCACCAUGGAGCUGACGGAUGUCACCGCCGUCUCCACAGAGGCCGGCAAGGAGUACUGUAUCCUAGAGUUUGCUCAGGACCGCAAGCAGUUCCUGCCCCCCUGGGUCCUCUAUUUUAGUUGCACUACAGAACUGGAGAGGUUCCUCUCGGCGCUGAACGCCGCAUGGAGAAACAUCUACCAGGUGGAUCUUCUGCACAAGGCUAUCCUGGAUGCCGCCGUCAAGAAGAAAUGCGAAGAUGCUCAGAGCCUCAUUGACAGCGCCUGGCAGCGCAGUGACAGCCUGUGCCGCGGACGAGCUGAGCGGGACCCGUGGUGUUAACCCCGGCGGGGGGAAGGACGGCUGACAUGAUGACCCUGGCUGUUUUGGGAAGAGAGAGCGUGAGCGAGCACGCUCCCGCUGCUGCACGAAGCCUGGCACGUGUAUCUGGCUGCCCCAGGGCUAGCCAGCACCCAAAUCCUCCUGCCAUCACAGGGUACCCGCCUGGAGC